AGCACAGAUAUGGCCACCCAGGUAAUGGGGCAGUCUUCCGGAGGAGGAGGGCUGUUCACCGGCAGUGGCACCAUGGGCAUGGCCUUGCCAAAUGACAUGUAUGACUUGCCUGAUCUCUCUCGAGCUGAACUGGCUGCGCCUCAGCUCAUCAUGUUGGCAAACGUGGCCUUAACUGGGGAGGUAAAUGGCGGCUGCUGUGAUUACCUGGUUGGUGAAGAAAGACAGAUGGCAGAAUUGAUGCCUGUUGGGGAUAGCAACUUCUCAGAUAGUGAUGGAGAAGCACUUGAGGAGUCUCCUGAGGUGAAAGGCGAACCCAAUGGGCUGGAGAACAUGGAACUGGAAAGUUUGGAACUCAGCGUUGUGCAGCCACAGCCUGUGUUUGAGGUAGCAGCUGCCUCAGAAACGUACAGCUCAAAUAAAGACCUUCCUCAGGAAACACCCGUAGCAGAGGACAAGUGCAAGAACUUGAAGACCAAACCCUUCCGCUGUAAACCAUGCCAGUAUGAAGCAGAAUCUGAAGAGCAGUUUGUGCAUCACAUCCGAGUUCAUAGCGCCAAGAAAUUUUUUGUGGAAGAAAGUGCAGAGAAGCAAGCAAAAGCCAGGGAAUCCGGCUCUUCUACUGGAGAAGAGGGCGAUUUCUCCAAGGGCCCCAUCCGCUGUGACCGCUGUGGCUACAAUACCAAUCGCUAUGAUCACUAUACUGCUCACCUGAAACAUCACACCCGAGCCGGGGACAAUGAGCGAGUCUACAAGUGUAUCAUAUGCACGUACACCACAGUGAGUGAAUAUCACUGGAGGAAACACCUGAGAAACCAUUUUCCAAGGAAAGUUUACACAUGUGGGAAAUGCAACUAUUUUUCAGACAGAAAAAACAAUUAUGUUCAGCAUGUUCGAACUCAUACAGGUGAACGUCCGUAUAAAUGUGAACUUUGUCCUUACUCAAGUUCUCAGAAGACUCAUUUAACCAGACAUAUGCGUACUCAUUCAGGUGAGAAGCCAUUUAAGUGUGACCAGUGCAGUUAUGUGGCCUCUAAUCAACAUGAAGUGACCCGCCACGCGAGACAGGUUCACAAUGGGCCUAAACCUCUUAACUGCCCACACUGUGACUACAAAACAGCAGACAGAAGUAACUUCAAAAAACACGUGGAGCUACAUGUUAAUCCGCGGCAGUUCAACUGCCCUGUAUGUGACUAUGCAGCUUCCAAGAAGUGUAAUCUGCAGUAUCAUUUCAAAUCUAAGCAUCCUACUUGUCCUAAUAAAACCAUGGAUGUCUCAAAGGUGAAACUAAAGAAAACCAAGAAGCGAGAGGCUGACUUGCCUGAUAACAAAAUCACCAGUGAGAAAACAGAAACAGAGCAGACAAAAGUAAAGGGGGAUGUGACUGGGAAGAAAAACGAGAGGCCUGUAAAAGUGGAGAAGAAAGAGAAUGUUUCAAAAGAGAAGAAGCCUUGUAGUAAUGCCUCAAGCCAAGUGACCACCAGAACGCGCAAAUCUGCCAUGGAAGCUAAGGAAGUGGAUGUGUCCCCGGGAAACAAUUCAGAAAAAAGCUGCAAAAGCAAGAAAAGCAAAAGGAAGGUGGAAGCUGAAGCCCAUUCCUUACAAGAGCCUGUUAAUGAUGAGGAACCUGUGACAAAAAAGAAAAAGAAGGCAGAAAGCAAAUCCAGAAAUAGUCAGGAAGUGCCAAAGGGUGACAGCAAAGUAGAGGAGAAUAAAAAGCAAAACAUUUGCAUGAAAAACAGUACAAAGAAGAAAACUGUGAGAAGUAAAUCCUGUAAGAAAAGCAGCCAGCCUGCUCCUAGGAGGCCCACUCAGAUGGAGUCUGCUCAGGUGGGGUGUGUUCAGACGGAGCCGCUGCCGCCUCCUUCUCCUCCCCCUCCCCCUCCCAUGGGGUGUGGUGAGGUCGAGGCUGUCCAGAAGGGGCCUGUUCACAUGGAGCCACCUCCUCCCAUGGAGCCUGUUCAGGUGAGCCCUGUUCAGAUGGAGCCUUCUCCUCCUCCUGCUCCUCCCCCAGAGCCUGCUCAGGUGGGGUCUGUUCAGAUAGAGCCUCCUCCACCCCCUCCCCCUGUGGGGGAUGCUGAGAUGGAGGUUGUUCAGAAGGAGCCUGUUCAGACAGAGCCGCCUCCUCCCACAGAGCCGGUCCCCAGAAGGUCUCCUCGAAAAGAUAACAGAAAGGAAAAGUCCAGCAUGCUGAGUGAAAUGGCACGGAAGGAGCGAGUGCUUAUUGAGGUUGGCUUAGUGCCUGUUAAAGACAAGCAGCUUCUAGAAGAAAGUGCCAGUGCACAGGAUCUGUUCCCACCAUCACCACCCCUGCCAAAGGAAAAGUUAAAAGGGGAAGAAUCGGAAGACCAAAAUGUGUUCCCUGCAGGCGAAGGAAAUAAAGAAGCCCCUCUUGAAAAAGUGGGAGCAGAAGAGGCAGAUAAGAGUCUGGCUGGUGUUGCUGCUGUUCUCAAGGAAUCUGCCAACACUUCAUCCUCUGAACAAAACUUGAAUAUGCCAGAGGGUGAAACUUCAGAGGAUAAACCUCAGGCUGAAGCUAUGCUGUGUGCAAUGGAGACAGACACUGAUGAGAAGCAAGCAGAGAAUUUCCCCAGCAGAGACUCGGCAGUUGAAGAACCAGUUUCACCAGCACUGCCUUCUCUACCGCUAGAAAAACAAGAAGCCGUGUCCACAACUGCUGUGGCAUCACCUCCUGUCACGGUGGCAGUAAAUGAGUCUCAGGAAAUGGAUGAAGACGAAGGCAUCCACAGUCAUGAUGGAAGUGACCUAAGUGACAACACGUCAGAGGAUAGUGAUGAUUCUGGAUUGAACGGGGCUCGGCCAGUUCCACAAGAGACCAGUGGGAAAGAUGGAAAGGAUGCCUUGGCUGUCAAAGUGGCCGAAGGAGAUUUUGUUUGUAUCUUCUGUGAUCGUUCUUUUCGAAAGGAAAAAGAUUACAGCAAACACCUCAAUCGCCAUUUGGUUAAUGUAUACUUCCUUGAAAAGGCAGCUCAAGGGCAGGAGUAA